ACAUAUAACAAUACAAAAGACAUUGCAAACUGUCACUGCAGACAACAGCAACCUUUUCUUCCUGCAUUCAUUCAUUCCUUCAAAGCAAGAUAUUAGAUAUGGUGUCCUCAGGAUGUCAGAUCUUGGGCAUGUGCCUGGCUAUCAUCGGCUUCUUGGGAACUAUUGUGAUCUGCGCAUUGCCCAGCUGGAAGGUGUCAGCUUUCAUUGGAGCAAACAUUGUGACUGCGCAGAUCAUUUGGGAAGGUCUGUGGAUGAACUGUGUGGUUCAAAGCACGGGGCAGAUGCAGUGUAAGGUCUACGAUUCUCUGCUUGCCCUUCCUCAAGAUCUGCAGGGUUCAAGAGCCUUGGUGAUCAUUGCCAUCAUUGCUGGGUUUUUUGGAAUUAUCCUGUCUAUGGUGGGAGGAAAGUGCACCAACAUUGUGGAAGAUGAGGCAUCUAAGGCUAAAGUCGCCAUCGCCAGCGGUAUCAUCUUCAUCAUUGCUGGACUUCUUGUCCUAAUCCCUGUCUGCUGGACAGCGAACUCGAUAAUCAGGGACUUCUACAAUCCUGUGCUGGUUGACGGCCAGAGGAGGGAGCUCGGGGCGUCACUUUACAUUGGCUGGGCAUGUGCUGGGUUGCUUUUCCUGGGUGGAGGUCUCCUCUGCAGCUCCUGCCCACCAAGUGAGGAUGUUCCCCACAAUGUGAAAUAUUCCAAGGCCAGAUCUGUAGUCAGCAGCAAAGCUUAUGUAUGAAAGGCCAGAACAACUAAACCCAAAUGAUAGUGAGUAGGGAAGGAACUGAUUUACACUAAUGUAAGAAAUUGAAAUGACAAUCAAAUUUCAAUGGGGCAUUUUGAAGAGUAUUUGUAUAUAUUGUGUGGCAAUGCUCAUAAAGGGAUAGAUGCAUUACACUUAUAUAUCAUUUUUACCUUCAUUGUGAAGAAAUUAGCAAAUUAAACUAUGUAUAUUGUCUGGACUGCUGAAACAAAGUUCAGUCUCUAGUAGUGGCGAAUCUGUCAACUUGAGCUAGGUCCCACAAUUCCUGACUGUUAUUGUCCCUGCACUUGGUGCACUAUAAGCUAGUGUCAGUGAAAAGCUUCCGCCAAAUGGCAUGUAACCUAAAAAUCUUUAGUGUGUGUUUGUGCAACUACGAGUACUAUGUGUUAUUCCAAAUAUUUUUUUGUCUUCCACACAAAAUAACUACUAUCUUUUGUUUAUUAAAAUAUUAAGAAUGUAAACCAGUUAUUGAUAUCUUGCUUUAUAACUGAUGUGACAAAUGUUUUGGAAUAUUUUCUGUAGAGUCAUUAAGAAGUCUAAAAAUAUCUCAAAUCUUUCUGUCUGUCCAAAAUGUAUUUUCAGUUUUAUUAGUUUAACCUUAUUGUAUGGUUUGCAACCAUUAUCCAAAUGACAUAACAUAAAUCAC